GGAGGAGGGGCAGGGAGAGCCAAACAUCCCCUGAAUCUCUCAUUUAUUUCUUUGUUUUUUCUUUUACGUGGGAUUAAAAAAAAAACUGAAAGAAGAGGAGCAGUCGAAGAGAAUCAGAACCUGUGAGGGAGAAAUAGAGACACCCAGGUAGCAGGCAAGGGAGAAAUGAAUGCAGGGGAGAAGCAAGGCAUCUGAGACAGAGAACAAGAAUGCAGCAGGCAGAGAGGGGAGAAAUGUCAGAGCAAUAGGCAGAGGCUAGAGGAGAAGCAGCAGUCGCAGCAAAAACACAGACAGAGAGAGAAAUGCAGGAUGAGAAGGGAAUUUAAGCACCGGGAACAUCAAAACCUAGAGGUGAGGUAAAUACAGACAGACUGGGCUUGGGGGGAGAGAUGAGCAGAAACCUACAGUGAUAUCAGCAGUGAUUGGAAGGGGGGGAGGAAGAGACAGCCAGCAGGGGGAGAGAGACAGCUAAACAGGUGUAGAGGAGCUACAGUGGGAAUACAGUGCUGGUGGCAAAAGAGACAGCAGGGGGAAAUAAACACACUGAUUUUGUUUUAGCAAGGUACUGGAAACCCGAGACUUGUGCUCAUUUAUUCCUGCUGUGGCUCGUGCUGCUCUCCUGCCUGGCAUGACAUCUAUCAGAGCACCAUGAUUAUGGCUCGCAGGCUAUAGAUCUCUCCCGCGGUGGCUUGGAACCAUUCACCAGUGGCUACCUUUCAAAAGGUGGCAAGGUCACCAUUAAAGAAGCUGGACUGGCAAAUUGCAGAGAAAACGCAACAUUGACCAGUGAGCAGGAGAAGCUUUUCAUGCACCUUUCGGCUGGAAGAACCAUUUCUUCUGUGUAUAUAUUAUAGAGGACUUAGGAGAAGAAGGAACCUUUCCAACUUGUGGUCAGGCCAAGAGGAUACAAACGGGGUGGGUGGCCAUUGCUACUACUAGUGGUUAGGAUAUACUGCAAUCUGACUGCUCCAAAAUCAGAACUGUCUGCCAGUCCGAAGAAGGGGAAAAGAGCUAAAUGUGAAAAACGCAUGGCUUAUUUGAGAAGGGAGUAGCUAUCCUUGCGUGUUCCAGUCAGACAGUAUUGCGGCCACAGAGCUGGAAGAAGACAGUUAACGCCUGACCAGAAUUUCUACCACCCUGGAAUUGGUCUCAUGUAUUGGAAGUUGCCCGCAAGCGGUGGCCAUUUACUGGACUUCUGGAAAGGUGCCAUGGGAAGCAGAUGAGACAAGGACCUUGAAUCAAAGACUAGUGUCAACAGUCUCUCCACGCAAGACCUGGACUACAAUCCCUUCAAGAAACAGCAGCAUUCAGCUCUUGGACAUUAGCCACCCCUGGGCUAACAGAAGCAGGAACGUGGGGCCUGGGCCAGAAGGCUUUUCCCCUGGUGGUAUCAUGUCCAUAGUGCUGAAUCGGUGACUAGCAAUCAACCCACCGCACAUCUGGAGAAGCACCAGCAGAACAAGGCAUCCUCUAGUGGCAUGGUAAUGUUACAGUGGAGCGCUCACUGACAGGCUUGUGCAGAGCGGCAUGGCGGGGGCCUGGCUGGUUUUGUGGGGUCUCUGCUCAGCUGCCAUUUUGCUGACGUCUUCUACGCAAGGCCUUAGCCGGGCGGCUCUUCCAUUUGGCCUAAUGCGCCGGGAGCUGGCAUGUGAAGGCUACCCAAUUGAGCUGCGGUGCCCGGGGAGUGACGUUAUCAUGGUGGAGAACGCUAACUAUGGGCGGACUGAUGACAAGAUCUGCGAUGCAGACCCAUUCCAGAUGGAGAAUGUUCAAUGCUACCUGCCCGAUGCCUUCAAAAUCAUGUCGCAAAGGUGCAACAAUCGCACGCAGUGUGUUGUUGUUGCUGGAUCAGACUCCUUUCCUGAUCCGUGUCCAGGAACCUACAAGUACUUGGAAGUCCAGUAUGACUGCGUCCCAUACAAAGUGGAGCAAAAAGUUUUCGUCUGCCCGGGAACCCUACAGGAAAUACUGGAGGCCACAUCCACCCAUGAGUCUGAACACCAAUCAGGAGCAUGGUGUAGAGAUCCCCUGCAGGCUGGUGAGCGUCUCUAUGUAAUGCCAUGGAUCCCCUACCGUACAGACACAUUAACAGAAUAUGCUUCAUGGGAGGAGUAUGCCGCAGGUCGCCACACCACAACAUAUCGACUACCUAGCAGAGUGGAUGGCACAGGCUUUGUGGUAUAUGAUGGAGCUGCCUUCUACAACAAAGAACGUACACGCAAUAUUGUCAAGUUUGAUUUGCGAACACGGAUCAAGAGUGGAGAGGCCAUAAUAUCCACAGCAAACUACCAUGACACCUCACCCUAUCGAUGGGGUGGCAAAACUGAUAUUGACUUAGCUGUGGAUGAGAAUGGAUUGUGGGUUAUCUACGCAACUGAAGGCAACAGUGGAAGGAUGGUGAUCAGCCAGCUUAACCCCUACACACUACGAUUUGAAGGCACUUGGGAAACAGCAUAUGAUAAACGUUCAGCUUCUAAUGCUUUUAUGGCAUGUGGUGUCCUUUAUGUUCUGAGGUCAGUGUAUGUGGAUGACGACAGUGAAUCAGCUGGGAACCGUGUAGAAUAUGCUUUCAACACACACACAAAUCGUGAGGAACCUUUAGGAGGCAAUGGAGGAACUGGACUGGAUUUUCCUAACCCAUACCAAUUUGUGUCUUCAGUGGACUACAAUCCAAGAGAUGGGCAGCUAUACGUAUGGAACAAUUACUUUUUGGUGCGAUAUGCACUUAGGUUUGGCCCUCCAGACCCAGCUGAAGGUCCAGUCACUCCCACCCCACCUUUGGUCACUGCCACACUGCCUCAGCCUCCAUUAACUGUUACUACUCCCCCCUCUAUAACUACCACAGCUCGUCACCCUCCUCUAACAACGCACCCCGUAGGGGUGAUAAACCCUAUAGGACCUGACCUACCUACACCUGGGACCCGUCGGCCACCUCCCUCCAACCAGCAUUCUUACUCAGAGAUCUACUGCCCACCUCGUGAGGAGAGACGGGUCCAGUGGCCAGCUGCACAACAAGGCAUGCUAGUAGAGAGACCAUGUCCAAAGGGAACACGAGGUACCGCUUCUUUUCUCUGUCUGCCUACACUUGGUGUGUGGAAUCCACGUGGUCCAGACCUAAGUAAUUGUACCUCUCCUUGGGUAAACCAGGUGGCACAGAAGAUAAAGAGUGGAGAGAAUGCAGCUAAUAUUGCAGGGGAGCUGGCCCGUCACACCCGGGGGCAGAUAUAUGCCGGCGAUGUCACAUCAUCCGUGCGUCUACUGGACCAACUUUUAGACAUUCUGGAUGCUCAACUCCAAGCCCUAAGACCAGUGGAGAGAGAGAGUGCCGGAAAGAACUACAACAGGAUGCAUAAAAGAGAGCGGACUUGCAAGGAUUAUAUCAAGGCAGUGGUAGAAACAGUUGAUAACCUCUUGCGUCCAGAGGCGCUGCCAUCAUGGAGGGACAUGAAUGUAACUGAGCAGGAACAUGCUGCGACCAUGUUGUUGGACAUACUGGAAGAAGGAGCCUUCCUCUUGGCUGACAAUGUCAAGGAGCCUGCACGUUUUCAGACUGCUAGGCCCAACGUGGUGCUAGAAGUCUCGGUGGUGAAUACAGAGGGUUCGGUCACUGAGCUGAUCUUUCCUCAGGACAAUCUCAGUCUCAGCUCCAUCCAGCUCUCUGCUAACUCCAUCAAGCAGAACAGUCGAAAUGGGGUGGUGAAGGUGGUUUUUGUCCUUUACAACAAUCUGGGUCUGUUUCUGUCCACUGAGAACUCUACUGUCCGCAUCGGAGGAGAGAGCAGCUCCACAGCACACCCUCUGGUGGUGAACUCACAGAUUAUUGCUGCUUCGAUAAACAAAGAGUCCAGCAGAGUCUUCCUAAUGGACCCAGUUAUAUUUACGCUGCCACAUCUACAGACCAAGAAUCACUUCAACGCCAAUUGUACUUUCUGGAAUUAUUCUGAGCGAUCUAUGCUGGGUUAUUGGUCCUCCCAGGGCUGCCGGCUGGUUCAAACCAACAAGACUCACACGACCUGUGCGUGCAGCCACUUGACUAACUUUGCUGUGCUGAUGGCCCACAGAGACAUGUAUCAAGGUCGUAUCAAUGACCUGCUGCUCUCCGUCAUCUCUUGGGUGGGCAUCGUGAUCUCCUUGGUCUGUCUUGGAAUCUGUAUAUCCACUUUUUGUUUCCUGAGAGGUCUACAGACAGACAGAAACACCAUCCACAAAAACCUAUGCAUCAGCCUUUUCCUCGCUGAACUGCUUUUCCUCACCGGCAUCGACAAAACUCAGUACCAGGUUGUAUGCCCUAUCCUGGCCGGUCUGCUGCAUUUUUUCAGCCUUUCUGCAUUUUCCUGGCUGUGCCUGGAAGGAGUGCAGCUCUACCUUAUGCUGGUUGAGGUGUUUGAAACCGAGCACUCUCGACGCAAAUAUUACUACCUCUGUGGUUAUAUUUUCCCGGCCCUUGUUGUAGGGAUAUCAGCGGCCAUAGACUACAGGAGCUAUGGGACGGACAAAGCUUGCUGGUUGCGGGUUGAUAAUUAUUUCAUCUGGAGUUUCAUUGGACCUGUUUCCCUUGUUAUUGUGGUCAACCUUCUGAUUCUCCUGGUUACACUCCAUAAGAUGCUCCGUUCCUCUUCGGUGCUUAAACCAGACUCAAGCCGCCUGGAGAACAUUAAGUCCUGGGCCCUUGGAGCAGUCACUCUGCUCUUCCUUCUUGGCCUUACAUGGGCUUUCGGUUUCCUCUUCAUUAAUAAGGAGUCUCUAGUUCUGGCUUAUCUCUUCACCACCUUCAAUGCUCUUCAAGGGCUCUUCAUCUUCAUCUUUCAUUGUGCUCUGCAGAAGAAGGUGCACAAGGAGUAUAGUAAGUGUUUGAGACACUCUUAUUGCUGUGUUAGAGGUCCAGGGGCAGAACAUGGGACCUUAAAAUCUACUGUCAAUAGCCGUUACUAUACCCAGAGUCGAAUACGCAGAAUGUGGAAUGAUACAGUCAGGAAACAAACAGAGUCCUCUUUCAUCGCCGGAGACCUUAACAGUACCCCAACGCUGAAUAGAGGCACUAUGGGUAACCACUUGCUGACAAACCCAGUGCUGCAGAGUCGCGUGGGAACGAGCCCAUACAACACGCUGAUCACUGAAUCUGUGGGGUUCAGCCCCUCCUCCCCAGGAUACAACGCAACCGGAAGUUUCCGGGAUCCUAAGCAUACGUUAAGUCGGGACCCGUGUGGAAAAGACGCACUCCCCCCACUCCCACUCAAUGGCAACUUCAACAACAGUUACUCCCUCCGGGCAGGUGAUUUUCCCCCUGAUCCUUCCAAGCUGGCAGAAGGAACUCUUGGUGGGCGACGAAAUUUGGCGGAUGCAGCAGCAUUCGAAAAAAUGAUCAUCUCCGAGCUAGUGCAUAGCAACUUGCGAGGAAAAUCACAUGGGGGAACAGCAGAGACAGCAGAAGAGGAAGUCACAUCUGGAGCAGUGCCAGAAGGUGGUGAGGUGCCUACACUGGAGAUGGAACGCAUGUAUAAGGCUUUGGAAGAGCCACUCCUACUACAAAGAGCGCAGUCUAUCCUAUACCAGAGUGACCUGGAGGAGUCAGAGGCUGAAGCUGCUCCCCGUGACUCCCCCAAUCGUGACUCACUCUAUACAAGCAUGACCAACCUCAGAGACUCCCCAUACCCAGACAGCAGCCCUGAGACUGGCCUUCCCCCCUCUGGGGAAAUGUUGCCAUGCCAUCAGGCGGUACCUCCACCAACUGGGUCAGAUGCCAUGUACUUCCCUGGCCGGCUGGGGUCAGUGCCCAGGGGACAGCUGCAGGCAUUCUACCAAAUGCCCCAGGGGUUUUUGGGCCUGGAGGGUUCAGUGCCCGAGGGCGACGGCCAGAUGCAGCUCAUCACCAGCCUCUGAACUUACUCGCCCGCCCCUGACACUAACCCCAGCACCCCUGUCAAUCAAAUACAGUCCCUUUCUCUCUCUACUAUAGAAGAAAGCAGGGUCAGAUGGAGAGAGGGGCAUGUAUUUAGGGGCUAUAUUGUUGGGGCCGGGUGAGGGCAAUUUGCUGUUUUCCCUCAUGGACCAUUAUGGAAACCAGGUAGAAUAUUAAUUCAAAAUACUUGGACUUCCUCUUAUUGCCCUUGUGAGUAAGUAAGCGGGUAAGUUGCGUGUGCGUAGACGAGGGAGGGUCACAUUUGGCAAGAGGCUAUGGGUGCCAAAAUAUGCCCCUCUUCACGAUAACCACAUAUCCCAAGAAGCUUAGCCAAGCUUACUGAUUUAACCUUGGAUUCAUGGUGACAGUAUCACAGUAUUGCUACCCAGCCAAUGAAAAUACGAACGGAAGAGAGAAGACCAGAAAAAAAGAGUGAGAAUCAGCAGCCAAUAGAAAGUAUAUAUAUAUAUAUCUCAAAGAACCAAUAAUAUAAAAAGUUGAAGGAGCCAUUAGAAUACGGAAUGCGGUGCCAAAUGACUGAUGAGGCUGCAGUAUAGAUGUAGAAUACGAAGAGGGUGGCUCGUCUUGAAAUCAGAAAAGAAAUAUGUACUUGUUACGAAUUUAAGACCAUCUUUUUCCACACUGCAAAAAAAAAAAGAAAAAAAAUGGAAGAAAGGAGUUUCUGAAGCCUUUUAAAUGUUUUAGCUCUUGAUUUAUGCACAGAACUGAACUUCUUAUUUGAAAGGUUUUUUUUUUUGGAAAAGAGAAGCCCCUCACAACUUCCACUCCUCACCCGAAACGCCUCCACUUGCCGCAUUCGAAAGGGAAGGACGUUUUUUUUUCUCUUGUGUCACCGAGGCUAGGAUGGAUUUUGAUUGACACACACACAAAAAAAGAAGUGUGUGGCCACAGCUUCUUCCCUUUCGCAGGGAUGACAACAAAAAUUAAAAAAGGAAAUGGGGGGGGGGUUUGGGCUGAAAUAUGGACUGCAACUGCCCUGCAUAUUCUUUAUUUAAGCACAAAAAAACGCCCCUCUUCCUUUCUUUUAGGGAGGAUCAUGGGAACUUUUAACAAUGGGGGAGGCGAGUGUCUUUUCCGACAACUGUAAAUAACGAACUCUCUUAAGGGGGGAGAAGGGAGAGAACAGGGGAGUUACUGCGAACAUUCCCCCAAGAAUUAUCACUGGUGCAGAACUGGUCAGUAGGGGUGUUUUUCUGUUUUUUUUUUUAUAUUGAUCUGCCUUCUGCAGUGCUUCUUGGCUUCCAAAAUGGCCUGUCCGCCAUAAGCUAUCCCUCCAUGUUGCUGCAGGAUCAUGAUUAAUCUGUGCCAUGCCCAAAGAAAACGUCGCGCUCCCA